AUCUCUUCAUCACAGCACCUGUUAGCUGGUGGGAUAAAUUAGGGGCAAGUGAACAUUUUGCCCUCAAAGUCGAUGUUUUAGAAGCAGGAAAUAUGGGAAAGUGUAAGGAUUUGAGCGAGUUUGACAAGUGAUGGCUAGAUGAUUGUGUCACAGCAUCUCUGACUAAUAAAACUGGUUAAUCCGAAAUUACUUAAUUGAAUGCAGCCACUCUUUUAUAUCAAAUUAGUACCAGAUUACAGGAAACUUAUAUAAAACCAAUAUGAAACUGAUGAAAGAUUUAACCUGAGUGAGACUCUGAACGUACCACAGAAGGAUACCAGAAUGAUUUCCUUUAGUCAGCAGUUGUUGAGCUACCUGUAGCAGAUCUGCAGGCGUCAGAGAUCAGACAGGACCAACACUGGAAAGAAUUUCUCAGGUGGAAGCAACUUGGACUUUGUAACCUCACACACUGCCUCUGUUCCUUGAUCGCACACACAUGCAGUUGGCUCAUGUUAAGUACAUGGUAAUCGCUGUGGGUGUGUAAGGAACUGCGGCGGUAUCCUCACGCUCAGAAACUCUGAAAUCAGUGAGAAGAAAUAAAACCAAAAUACUGACUCGUUCAUGGACUCUGGUACAGUUUCAGCAGGUCCUCUAUUAGUACUUUAAGCUGAUGGAAUCAGCAUUUUCUUUUUAAUUUAGUUCGAAAGUGAAAUUUAAAAAAAUAUUACUGUUAAUUUUGAGUAAAAGAAAAGUAGAAAUGUGGAGAUUAAAAUUGUUUCAAGUCAAACAACUGCUGCGGUCUGGGACCAUGUAGUUUGCAUUUUUACUUUCUUCAUGGCUGUGAAACUUGAGCAUUUUAUCUGUAAAUCUUUCCGCCUCCGGUCUUGUGGAGGGAAGGGAAAAAGUGGAAAUAUUUCUGUCCAACUUUCAGAAUUGAGCAUAACUUCAAUUAAAUAAAUAAAGCACAUGCAAUUUGUCCCCUGAAACCUUGUGUUUAAUGUCACAGUGAUAUAAACUGUGCUGUGUUGUCAAGGAGACUUGCGUGUGUAUUAAGGGCUCAAAAUGCCCUUGUGCACUUAACACAGCAGGACAUCACUGAGCCUUUAUGGACAGUAAUGAGACUCACAGUUUGAGACUUUAAGGGUUGUGAUGAAGAAUGUCUUCUGAGUAUGUUGCAGGCAAGACAGGCAGCAUUAACCUAACACAGCGGGGGAAACUGGAGCUCUUGGAGCAAAUUCAUGCAGGAGAAGAGUCAAACUCCAAAAGAAGGACAUGCUGAAGAUCACGAACCUCAGGGCGAAGUUCAUGAAGCUCCACACUCUGGGUGACAACCUGCUCGACUCCAGCGACGAGGUGAAGGAUAAGUACUACUACGCCCUCUAUGACAUGGUCGUCCGGGGAAAUUGCUUCUGCUAUGGGCACGCCUCCGAGUGUGCCCCAAUUGAUGGAGCGCCGACAAGUGCAGAGGGCAUGGUCCAUGGCCGGUGCAUGUGCAAUCACAACACUGAGGGACUGAACUGCGAGCGCUGCCAAGACUUUUAUCACGAUUUGCCUUGGAGGCCUGCUGAGGGACGAAACACCCACGCCUGCAAGAAGUGUGAGUGUAACCAGCACUCCACGUCGUGCCACUUUGACCUGGCCGUGUACGUGGCGUCCGGCAACGUGAGCGGAGGCGUGUGUGACGACUGUCAGCACAACACGCUGGGCCGACAGUGCGAGCAGUGCGCGCCGUUCUUCUACCAGCACCCCAGCAGAAACCUGAGGGACCCAAACGUCUGUGAACCCUGUAACUGCGAGCCUUCCGGUUCUCUGGAGGGUGGCCUGUGUGACCCGAGGACAGAUGUGAUUGCCGGGCUGAUCUCAGGUCAGUGUCGGUGCAAAGCCAAUGUGGAAGGAGAGCGCUGCGACCACUGCAGACAAGGACACUACGGGCUGGGACAAGGGCCACAUGGCUGCCUGCCUUGCACCUGUAAUCCGCUGGGAAUGCUGCCAGGAGGAAAGCCGUGUGAUUCAGACACAGGACGCUGCUUCUGCAAACGCCUCGUCGAAGGACACAACUGUGAUCAGUGUCGGCCACAGCAUUGGGGUCUGUCCAAUGACAUGGAUGGCUGCAGACCAUGUGACUGUGACCAGGGUGGGGCUGUCAACAAUGACUGCGAUCCUCACACAGGACAGUGUGUGUGCAGGGAGCACAUGUUCGGGCGCCGCUGCGAUCAGGUCGAGUCCGGCUACUACUUCAUGGCUCUGGAUCACUACAUAUACGAGGCAGAGGACGCCAAGCACGGCCCUGGCGUGACGCUGGUACCUCGGCCCUAUCCUGAAGGUCGGAGUCCUACGUGGACUGGUAUGGGCUUCGUUAAUGUGCCAGAAGGAACCUAUCUAGAGUUCAGCAUCGACAAUAUUCCCGAGUCCAUGGACUAUGACAUCCUUAUACGCUAUGAGCCACAGCUACCGGAGCAAUGGGAGGAGGUGAACAUCCAAGUGCAGCGCCCCGUCUUCAACCCUCCAAACUACUCCAGUCACUGCAGUAACUCUUUCCAGAGCGGAGACCAGCAGUCGAUCUCUCUUCCACCUGGAUCCAGACAUGUGUUGCUGGUGAGGCCGGUGUGUUUUGAGAAAGGGCUGAACUACACGAUCCAACUCAAUCUGCCUCUCUACUCGUCAGUCAGCACCGUCCAGAACCCGUACACACUCAUCGAUUCGGUGGUGCUGAUGCCCCGUGUCAGAGAGCUAGAAAUGUUCCACGGAGACGUGGGAGAGCAAGCAUGGGAUACGUUCCAGCGCUAUCGAUGUCUGGAGAACAGCCAGAGCAUCAUAAAGAGCCCCAUGACCGACAUCUGUAAACAGUACAUCUUCAGUGCCUCUGCCUUGCUGCACAAAGGAGCCAUGGCUUGCCAGUGUGACCCUCAGGGUUCACUCAGCUCCCUGUGUGACCCCAGUGGUGGUCAGUGCCAGUGCCGACACAACAUCGCAGGCAGGAACUGCGACCGUUGCGCCCCGGCUACCUUCCUGUUCGGCCCUGCCGGCUGCAGACCUUGUAACUGUGACCCCCUGGGCUCUGUCAGCCCCUUGUGCCACGAGGCCACCGGCCACUGCGAGUGUGUUCCAGGGGCCACGGGUCGCCAGUGUUCACACUGCCUGCCGGGCUUCUGGGGCUUCCCUCAUUGCCGACCGUGCCAGUGUAACGGCCACAGCGAGUACUGCCACCCUCAGACUGGAGAGUGUCAGGGCUGCAGAGACUUCACCACCGGACACCACUGCGAGAGGUGUUUGAGCGGUUACCAUGGUGACCCAGAGCUGGGUUCAGGCGGAUACUGUCGCCCUUGUAUGUGUCCUGAUGGGCCACGCAGCAGACGCCAGUUUGCGGACAGCUGUUACCUUCUGCCUAAUACCAAUCAGCUGGUGUGUGUGUGCGGCCGCGGAUACAAAGGUGUCAGGUGCGACGAGUGUGCCCCGGGUUACUUUGGGAAUCCUCUGGUGCCCGGUGGGCGCUGCAUGCCCUGCCAGUGCAACAACAACAUCGACAUGCACGACCUGGACUCCUGCGAUGCUCGCACCGGCGCCUGUCUCAAAUGCCUGUACCACACCCAGGGCGACGGGUGCCAGCACUGCAAACUGGGUUACUAUGGCAAUGCUACCACACAGAGCUGCAGGAAGUGCACGUGUUAUUCAGUAGGGACGAUUCCUUAUGCCUGUUCGUCCCCCGAUGACUGUCAGUGCGACCAGCGCAGUGGCCAGUGUCCCUGCCAGCCCAACGUUGUCGGUCAGCACUGCGACCGCUGCGCUCCAGAUACGUGGAACCUCACCAGCGGGACGGGCUGCCAGCGCUGCGACUGCGAUCCUGUCCACUCGUUCAAAUCCUCCUGCAAUGAGGUUACAGGACAAUGCAUGUGCAAGCCCGGUUUUGGUGGCCGGAUGUGCCGGGAGUGCAAAGAGCUCUUCUGGGGGAAUCCAGAGGUCAAAUGUUAUGCUUGUGACUGCGACCACCGGGGGAUCUCCAGUGAGCAGUGUCAUCGUGCCACAGGGCAGUGUACCUGUGUGGAGGGCGUGGCGGGCCCCCGGUGCAACGAGUGUGCUAGGGGUUACCACGGUGAGUUCCCUGACUGCAAACCCUGCCACAAGUGCUUUGCGGCUUGGGACACCGUGGUCGAGGAGCUGACCAACCAAACUCGCCGACUGGAGGCCAAAGUGAACGAGCUGCAGACUGUCGGAGUGACGGCGCCGUACAAAGAGUUGAUUAGAAGUCUCGAGAGAAACUCCAAGGCUGUCAGAGACAUCUUGGAGAGCAACGCCGCCACGGUGAAGCUGGAGCAGAUACAGGAGCUGAUGCAUCAGAUAACUGGUGUGAUGUCCUAUCUCAAUGGAAAGCUCAACACAACCGAGGAAGCCUUGGAACUUCUUCAGAGUGAUGCAAAUGCCACCGAUGCAGACUUAGACGUGCUGACUGUUGAGGCAAACCAGUUGGAGAUGAGCGUCCAGAGGCUGAGACAGCAGGUGGACGAUGCCAAGAACGCCAACAUACACGGUGCCCUGGAGACUAUUACUGCUGCGCACACGCAGUCUAGGAUGGCGGAGCAGCGCACCAAUGCUUCUACGAGCGACCCUGGCAACACAGUCAAGCAGUCAGUUGCAGUACGGAAAGCCACGGAGGACAAUCUGAGCAGCACGAAGAAGGAAUUUGACCGAAAACAACAGAGAAACAUGCAGAAGCUGGACAAGCUGUCCAAAGAGCUCGAUAAAUUUAGCCUGUCUUCACUAAGUGAAAAGAUUUGUGGUGGAGCCUCUGAAGGUGAUGAUGGCUGCUCCACCUGCGGCGGGUUGGGCUGCACCAACAAGGAUGGAGCGCCUCGCUGUGGAGGAGAAGAGUGUGGAGGCGCUGUCACAACCGCUCAGACGUCUCUCAAUUCAGCCAAUGAGCUGGAACAGGCGAUCCUAGAAGCUAUGCAGGAGGUAGACAAGCUCUCCAGGAUGGUGUGGGAAGCGAACAUCCGAGCAAACGAAGCCAAAGCGAAUGCUCUGGAGGUGCUGAUCAAAUCCAACCAGAGCAAAGAGAGAGUGGAGCAGAGCAACGAGCAGCUCCGCAACCUCAUCAGGGAGAUUCGAGAUCUUCUCAUGAAUGAGAAAGCAGACGCGUCCGUUAUCGAGGCCUUGGCAAACGAGGUUUUGGCUCUGGAGAUGCCGACGUCGGCCGAGAAGCUUCAGGAGCUGACGGACGAGAUCAGGGAGAAGGUCACCACUCUGACCAGCGUGGAGACGAUCCUCAGUCAGAGCGCGGAGGAUGUCAUGGCGGCCGAGUCGCUGCUGAAGGAGGCUAAGGCUGCAAGCGAGAAGGCGUCUAACAUGAAGGACACCGCAGAAGUAGUUAAGGCUGCCCUGGACGAGACCGACCGCGCUCAGAGCAUCGCCAUGGGCGCCAUUGAGUUGGCCCAGAACAACACCAAGGGCACCAUGGACCUGCUGAACGCUGUGGAGUCGGAGACGGCCAAGUCGGAGCUGAAGCUCAGUAACACCACGGGCCGCCUGCUGCAGCUGGAGAGGGAGGUCGGCCUGCUGAGGCAGAACAACCUGGAGAUGAAGGAGAUAAUGGUGUCGACUGAGCAGGCGACGCAGCAGGCCAAACAGGACGCCGACGAAGCAGAGCAGGAGUUCAAUGAGAGGCUGAAGGAUAAAUUCGCUCAGGUGGAGAACCAGGUGGAGGUUAAAGGGGAGUCGGUGCAGCAGGCGAAGAGGAGGGCAGACGAACUGCAGCAGGAGGCCAUAGAGCUGCUCAAUCAGAGCAGCAGAAAGCUGGAGAGACUCAAAGAGUUAGAGGUCUCCUACGUGGACAACCAGCGCAUCCUGGAGGCCAAAGCUAAAGAGCUGGCCGAGCUGGAGCAAGCCGCCCGCAACAUGCUGGAGGAGAUGAGCCGCAAAGUAGCGCUGUACAGCACCUGUUUGUGAUGAAACCAUCACCGCCUUUGACUUUAUUGACAGUGCCAAAGUGUCUGACGUACUGCUCCUACAUGCCUGCUCCUUUUACGGCUGUUAAAUAAAAACACUAAUAUAUUUGACGUUGCCAAAAAAUGUUUCAACGACAGAAAAAAAGCUUUAAAGCUGCCAAAGACCGUUAGAGUAUUAAAGUAAGGAGUCCAGAAGGAAAGAAGCCAUCAUGACCUCGAAGCCAAUAUACCUGCAUACGUUACUACAAUCUGUGUUUAAUUGUAACUAAAUAUCUAUAUUAAAAGGAUUAACAUUUCACAUGUACUUAAUAAUCCAAAGAUAUCACUUGGACAUGGUGCCUUAACAACCAGCCAAUAAUAAACCCGACUACAAGAAAAACACA